CCACUCCCCAAUCUUCUGUAGAAAAAUGCAAUUUUAAUGCAAGAUUUUCACUGUGGAAAUUAUUGGCUCUGCAACCUUCAAAGAUGGGAUGCCUGAGUAAAAAAAUGGCAUAUCUUGGUCUCGUGCUAAUCAUGCUACACAUGACCCCUUGCACCUGCUCUUCUCGUAAACUCAAAGGUAUGGUGCAGCAAAGUCCAUUAACUACAGUAUUCACUAUGCCAGCGAAGAUGAAUAGUUUUGCUGCAGUGCAGAAAUCUACUCCAAAAACAUCAAAGAGUCAUUUCCUGAAGGGGUGGAUAGAGACAUGGCCAAGUACAAUACACCCUAGACUCUUUCUGCAUGAAGUGCAUACAGGCCCAAAUCCGAUAAGCAAUUCUUUUCCCUGGGCCAAACGCAAACCAAUACCACAAUCUCCAUAACAGUUUCAAGUUUUACCACAGAAAUAUGAGUACUUUUCUAUGGAGGGGAUUGUUCAAUAUCGGCUGCAAACCCUAAUUUCUCUAUAUAAGCAUAAUUGUUCCUAUAAUUUAGUUUAUGUACCAAAAGAAUGAGCUAAUUGCGGGGUCUCUUAUGACCCAGUGAGAAAGCUAGUAAGCUGCUUAGAGAAACAAUGGUCAAAAUAUACACAUUUGAGAGCCAUUCAAAAGAACAGAUGGUGAACAUAACUUACAGUCCCAUGUAUACUUCUGUUUUUGAGAUAUUUUAUAUUGCAUAUGUAAUGGGUUUUGUUCCUACUGUGUACAACAAUGGAAAUUGAUGCCUCUGGGCUUUAAUUCCAUUUUAUAAAGUUAUAAAAUGAAAAUUUGAGUUCUUGUUA